UUUUUUUUUAUCUGUCGUCUCACAAUAAUUAAUAAUCGAAAUUAUUUAUGUAUUUAUUUCAACAACAAAAUUAUCUUUUGAUUAUUUUUUAUUUUUUAGUAUCCAUUUAGUGCAAUAACAGUCAAUAAUUAUUUAUAUGUAUUGGGUACACGUCGAUCAUCAUCAGAAGAAUAUAAAUUAUGUUAUCGUUUUUCAGCACGUACAUGUGAAUGGACUAAAUUACAGAAUCUAUUACAUGAUCGAUCACGUUUUGCUGCUGUUCAUGUAGAUAAAUAUAUUUAUAUUAUGGGUGGUUUUGAAGGAUUUAAACGAACAACACGUAUUUAUGUCACUACAGUUGAACGAUAUUCUAUUGAAAAUGAUCAAUGGGAAUCAUUUUCGACAGAUAGUCCACAACUUUCAUCACUUGCGGCAUGCACAUAUAACAAUUUAAUUUAUUUAGGUGGUGGAAAAAAUGGACAAUGGUCAAAAAUUGCUGACUUCUAUUGCUUUUCAAUCGAUAAACGUCAAUUAGAACGACGUGCAUCAAUGCUUAAUGCUCGUACAACACAUGCAUUUCAUAUAUUUGAUGACAAAAUUCUUGCUAUCGGAGGUUUUGAUGAUGAUGGUAAUGGUAUGUUAGCAAUUGAAAGUUAUGAUAUUCAAUGUGAUCAAUGGACUAUAUUAACAUCAAUACCUGGUGCUAUAUCAAAAACAUGGCCACAAUCACUUGAAGGAUACUUUUUUGAUUUUGAUACUCAACAAUGGAUAAAAGCUCCUGUUGUACAUGAACGUGCACGAUAUUGUCCAACAGUUCAACUUCGAUUUCCAAAAAAAUUUCUUAAAACUAUGCAAACAAACAGUAUUUCAUCAUUAGUAUCAACUUCUAAUAAUAUUUUAUUGAUGAAUUCUUGA